AUGUCACCAGGAAAAACCAUUCUGGCGUCCAAGAUCGCCAAGCGCUUCACCGACGAGAUCCAAGCCAAGGCAGCCUUGCUAGCUAGACGUCCCAAGCUUGUAGGCUUGCUUGCCAACCCGGACCCUGCUGCCAAACAGUAUGCUGAAUGGACUGGUAAGACGAGCGAGUCGUUGGGAUUCGAUUACCAGUUGAUCCAGGUCGAAAAGGAGCAGCUGGAGGACCAAAUCUAUAAAUGCAACGAUGACUCGUCGGUUAACGGUAUCAUGGUGUACUUUCCCGUCUAUGGAGACGGUCAAGAUCGCUAUUUGCAACAGUGUGUUGCGAUCGAGAAAGACGUCGAAGGUUUGAAUUUCCGCUACGUGUCCAACAUGUACCACAACAUACGGUAUCUGGAUGAAAAGCAGGAGAAAAAGUCCAUUCUGCCUUGCACCCCUCUUGCGAUUGUGAAGAUCUUGGAGCAUUUGGGAGUCUAUAACCCUCUGUUAAACUAUGGUGACAGAUUGUAUGGAAAGACGAUCACUGUUGUCAACCGUUCUGAAAUUGUGGGAAGACCCCUAGCAGCCUUGCUUGCUAACGAUGGUGCUACCGUUUAUUCGGUUGAUAUCAAUAGCAUCCAAAUCUACGAGCGUGGCGAUGGUCUGAGAUUCAAAAAGCACGUCGUCCUUGACUGCGAUAAGAGCCUCAAAGAAUGCGCGCUGUCAUCUGAUGUCAUCAUUACCGGGGUUCCUUCAGAGUCGUACAAGUUCCCUACCGAAUACGUCAAACGCGGUGCUGUGGCCAUCAACUUCUCAAGCCACAAAAACUUCAAUGACGACGUAAAAGACGUCGCCUCCCUUUAUGUUCCGUCCAUCGGGAAAGUCACUAUUGCCAUGCUGUUGCGCAACUUGCUGAGAUUAAUAGAGAACAAUGCUAAAUAG